AUGGCUGAAAAUCAACAAGCCGGUUCAUCUCAGACCCCACACCAAAAUAAGGUCAGAUUUUUUAGCACUAUCAACAUAGACGAACUGGCUGCUAUUAUAGCUUCGAAGGGACGAGACAAUGUUCGUUCCUCGAGGUGGUUUGAACAAAACGAAGUAGUUAGAAGAGCUAUGGGUUCUAACGCUUGGCCUAUAUCUGAUCAGCCAAUUCCCAGUAAAAAUGGAAGAGAUGAAGUGUUAUCUAUUGGAGAGGAAUAUUUUCUCAUUAUUAAUGAACGAUUCGACAAUAUCUUACGUUUUCCAUGUCGACUAGAUUAUAUCUCUCAUUUUCUAAGCUAUUAUUUUUCGGAGAAAAACUUGAGUAAAGACAAGUAUAUGAUGGAUGUUAUAACAACUAAUGAUGGUAUGUACCCAUUGGAAAAUCUCCUUCAAUUUUCCCGACUUCAUGCUAUUAAAGCAACUCAAUCAGAAUUGCGCGAGAGUUCCAAAAAUAUCGACAGCAUUAUUUUUGCUCUGCAUAAUGGAGCUCCUGUUUUCAAAGUGCUUUGCCUCUAUGUGUUAAAUCGACUUGCCAACAACAAAGCGACAUCACCAAUUAGAACUAGGGGGAGUUUGAGUCUUCUUCCUGUUACCUAUCCUAAUAUCCCCCAACUUCCCGAUAUUCCUUCCCCGAAUGGUCUCACACGUCUUCAACUUCUACAAUUGUUCAAUCCUCCCACACCAGCGCCAAUAACACCAAUGUUAACGCCAAAUUUGCCUUCACAACAGCACCGUUCUCAGGAGACGAAUUCUUCCCAGGGGAUGUUUACACCAGGACCAGUUUCUCAAUCACUGCCACCACAACACGUGAAUAUUGUUGGUCUCAAGGAACCAGGUCAGCCUCCUGUUAACCAUUCUUUCCAUAAGUUUAGCCAGCACGCUUGUGAGGGAGAUAGGCCUAUAGUUGUCAAAGUUGCUAGAGUCUUUGCCCUUUUUAGUACUGGUAUUACUAUGGCAGCUUCUAUUGGCUAG